AUUGGCUAUGAGCUUCAACUGCACAUGGAUUUAUGCCUUAAAAGAACUAGAUAAUUACAUAAAAUGUUUUACACUCCCCAUACAAAUCGCCAUGAACUUCACAAGUAAUCACAACAUUGUGGCGAGCGUAGUUGGUGUGCUCACUGGCGACUGCUUCAUCUCCCAGAAACCCUCAUCACUAUUCACUCCUCGCUCAUGUUGCGUUCAUCAACCACAACUUCUCUGCGUUUCUUUCGGCAGCAAUCUCAAUCUCAAUUUGGUACUCUUUCUCAUCCCAAACCCUUCCUUUUUCCCACUGAUAUUGAUGCCAUCAAGGACAGACCCCUUCUCGUAGAUUCUAUUAGGAAUCUCCAAAACCUUGAUUCUGCUUUGCAUCUCUUUGACAAAAUGGUUUCCAUGAAUCCUUUGCCAUGCGUGAAUGACUUUAACUUUUUGUUUAGCUCUAUUGUUAAGAUGAAGCAUUACACAGCUGCCAUUUCGUUAAUCAAACACUUGUUCUCCUUACGACUCAAAUCUGAUAUCUAUACACUCAAUAUUGUCGUCAAUUGUCUGUGCCGUUUGAACCACACUCCCUUUGCCUUCUCUGUCGUGGGGAUGAUGUUCAAAAUCGGCUUGGAGCCCGAUGUGGUCACAUUUAACACCAUUGUUAAUGGUCUUUGUAUUGAAGGCAAUGUGGAUUAUGCUAUUUGGUUUCUUGACCACAUGGAUUACUUGGGAUAUCAACCCGACUCCCACACGUUUGGAACAAUUAUAAAUGGAUUGUGCAAGAUCGGCAACACCCCUGCUGCCAUUGCCAUUCUAAGGAAGACGGAAACAAGAAACCGCAAACCAAGUGUUGAUGUUGCAAGUUAUAGCACAAUUGUGGAUAGUCUUUGCAAGGAUGGGCUGGUUUCUGAGGCUUUGAGUCUAUUCUCCGAAAUGACAACGAAAGGUUUACAACCCGAUACUAUCACUUACAAUUGCUUGAUUCAAGGACUGUGUACUUUCAACAGAUGGCAAGAGGCUGUGUCCUUACUGAGCGAGAGGAAACAAAAGGGAAUUAUGCCGGAUAUGCGUACUUUUAAUAUUUUAGUGGAUGCUCUUUGUAAGGAGGGAAAGAUUUCAAGUGCUAGAGCCAUACUUGGUCAAAUGGUUCGAAUGGGAAAGGAGCCUACUGUUGUUACCUAUAACUCAAUGAUUGCUGGUUGUUGUUUCCUAAGUCAAAUGGAGGAGGCCAUGAAAGUAUUUGAUUUCAUGGUUCACAAGGGAUGCCUACCAGACGUUACGACUUAUGCGUCAUUAAUUCACGGGUGGUGCAAGAUCAAAAGGAUUGAUUGGGCUAUUUAUCUCUUGGAUGAAAUGAUCAAUAAAGGAUUAAAUAUGAAUGAUUCGACUUGGAAUACUCUUAUCGGUGGAUUUUGCAGAGUGGGUAAACCUUUAGCUGCUAAAGAAUUGUUUUUUACAAUGCACAAGUUUGGUCAACAGCCUGAUCUACUGACCUGUGGGAUUCUAUUGGAUGGCCUAUUCAAAUGCCAUUUGUCUUCUGAUGCAAUAUCGUUAUUUAGAGAAAUGGAGAAGAAUAAUUUGGAUCUUGGUAUUGUAAUUUAUAGUGUGGUGAUGAAUGGGAUGUGCCAAGCUGGAAAACUAAAUGAUGCACGUGAACUCUUCUCCUGUCUGCCAGCAAAAGGCUUGAAGCCUGAUGUAUAUACUUAUACAAUAAUGAUCCAAGGCCUUUGUAGGGAAGGACUUUUGGUUAAUGCUGAAGAGUUACUGAUCAAUAUGGAAGAGGAUGGCUGCCUGCCAAAUUCCUGCACAUAUAAUGUCUUCGUCCGUGGAUUACUGCGACAAAAUGAUGUUCCGAAGUCAAUAAAAUAUCUUCAGAUUAUGAAAGACAAAGGUUUUUCUGCAGAUGCCACCACUGUGAAAUUGCUUAUAGGUCACUGCUCUGUCCACAAUGCUUUUCAAGAAUUUGUGCAGAAGAUUAUUUGAAUAUAUAAAUAUAACCUAUUAGUUCAUUAUUUGAAUCGAGGAUUUGAUGUUUUAGAUGUUGCAUAACAUAUUCUGUAUUACUUGGUUGUUUAAUUUUGAGGCUUUAGAUUGGGAUAAGUUUGUCUGGACUUUCUGAACAAUAUGAAACUGAUACUUCCAUGUUCCUCUUUGUUUGCAAAUUGGCUACAGCAUAGUAAGAAUCUCUUUCUUGAGAAGGUUA